AUGAAGAGAGACAUUAGUGGAGUAGAUGAUAGUUCUAGCGAUGAAGGGAGUGGUAGUGGUAGCGAAGAAAGUAGUAGUGGAAGCGAAAGUGAAGUAGAACUUUUGAGUAAACCAAUAUUCCUCAAGAAGAAGAAACUGGUGAUUGAAGAUAAUGUAGUGUCCGAGGUCUUAGACGAAGAUAAUGGGAAGGCGGAUGAAAGAAUACUUAAGAAUCUCAACAACAUCAAGGACAUAGAAGAUAAAGAUUUGCAUGAAUUUGAUGGAGUUGACGAUUACGAUGAUAAUGAAGAAGAAGAAUAUAGUAAGUGGAGAAUAAGAGAGUACGAAAGGUUCCAAAGAGAUAAGAAAAUCGCCAUUGAAUUGGAGAUUUUCAAACAAGAACAAAUGAAUAGAUCUAAUAUGACGGAGGAUGAACUUAUACAGCAGUUUGAAGCUCGUAAAGAUAAUAAUCAAUACCAUAAAGGACCUUUCCAAAAUGAUGAACUUGAAGAAUUUGAGCAAAAAAUCCUGCAAAGAGAUUAUAGUCAAAAAGAGAUUGAUCAUUCAAGACCCACAAGAUUCAAGCAGUCAUAA